AUGACAAUCACAGCCGGCGUGUUGGCCCUCCAAGGCGCCUUCCUUGAGCAUCUUGUCCUUCUAAAGAGAGCUGCGAAUUACUUGCAGCAGCACGAGGGCGUCAAAGCACCGUUCGAAUUUAUUGAGGUUAGGAACGCAGAACAAUUGGCACGCUCUGAUGCAUUGAUAAUCCCUGGGGGUGAGAGCACAACUAUCUCCUUUGUCGCGGCGCAAUCCGGUUUGCUCGAACCGUUGCGAGAAUUUGUCAAAGUCUCGCGCAAGCCCACCUGGGGAACAUGUGCCGGCUUGAUUCUUCUCGCUGAAGCAGCCAAUGCCACCAAGAAAGGAGGCCAGGAAUUAAUCGGUGGUUUGGACGUGCGUGUGCACCGCAACUACUUCGGCAGACAGAUCGAGAGCUUUCACGCGGACCUGGAUCUGCCGUUUUUGAAAGCCGGAGAUUCAACAUCUGGCGCACCCUUCCCAGGGAUCUUCAUUCGAGCGCCUGUUGUUGAGAAGAUCCUUCCCAGUGUCGACGGCAUCCAGAAGGCUGAGGAACAAACUGCCGGAACGGUAGUUGCCCCUUCAAAGACAGCCAAAGACGAGCAGGCAAGGUCAGCAAUGAGCUCUCGUGUUGAGAUCAUGGGAAAGCUACCAGGCCGUCUGAACAAGGCUGCGGCGGUAGGGGCAGAGGUAGAUGCAGGAGAUGACGUCGGCGACAUCAUUGCAGUAAAGCAAGGCAAUGUCUUUGGCACCAGCUUCCACCCCGAAUUAACCUCGGACAUCCGGAUACAUGUUUGGUGGUUGAGACAAGUCCUAGACUCCGUAGGGGAUCGAGAUGGAGUUCGGUGA